CUGUCCACUCAGUCUGCACCCAGGCCGCCCAGUGAGCUGGGACUUAGCGCUGUCCGGGCUGACGUCGCCGCCCAGAUGGCCUCCAGGCUGACCCUGCUGACCCUCCUCCUGCUGCUGCUGCCGGCCGGGGGUAGAGCUUCCUCAGAUCCACCUAGUACCAGCCACAGCUCCUCCGAUCCAGAGAGCUUGCACGUGGAAAGCAAAGGAAAAACUUUAGCCAAAGAUGACACCCUAGGAAGUCAACUGCCGAAAGCCAAAUUAGCCAACACCGACUCAGCCAGCACCGACUCAGCCAACACUGACUCCGCCAACACUAAUUCAGCCAGCACCGACUCAGCCAACACUAAUUCAGCCGAUACCAACUUAGCCAACACUAAUUCAGCCAACACCAACUCGGCCAACACCAAUUCAGACAACACCAGCUCAGCCAACGCCAACUCAGUCAAUGCCAACUCAACCAACAACGCCAACUCAGCCAACGAUGCCAGCUCAACCAACAAUGCCAACUCAACCACAGCCAAUACUACUUUAGAAACUACCAUUCAACCCACCACCGUUCCAACCACCCAGCCAACUGCCCCGCCCACAUCUGAGCCAUUAUGCCCAGUCCUUGUCGAUGCCUGCUCUAACAUGGAGAGUCAGUCAGCAGAAGCCCAGCUGGCAGAGUCUUUGGUCGACUUCUCCGUGAAGCUCUACCAUGCCUUCUCAGCAAUGAAGAAGCCUGAGACCAACAUGGCCUUCUCCCCGUUCAGCAUUGCCAGCCUCCUCACUCAGGUCUUGUUGGGUGCCGGAAACAGCACCAAGAGAAACCUGGAAAAUGCUCUCUCCUACCCCCCGGAUUUCAUCUGUGUCCACAAGGCACUGCAAGCCUUCACAUCCAAAGGCUUCACCUCCGUCUCACAGAUCUUUCACAGCCCAGACCUGCCCAUACGGGAAGCCUUUGUGAACGCCUCUCGGAGCCUGUAUGGCAGAAGCCCCAGCAUCCUGGGAAAUGACAGUGACAGCAACUUGGAGCUCAUCAACUCUUGGGUGGCAGAGAACACCAACCACAAGAUCCUCAAGCUCCUCGACAGCCUGCCCUCCGACAUCCGCCUGGUCCUCCUCAACGCCGUCUACCUGAGCGCCAAGUGGAAGACAAAAUUUAAUGAACAAAAAACAGAGAUGCAGCCCUUUCACUACAAGUCUUCUGAGAUUAAGGUACCCAUGAUGACAAGCAAGAAGUACCCAGUGGCCCAGUUCACCGACCUGACUCUGAAGGCCAAGGUGGGGCAGCUGCAGCUCACUAACAACCUGAGCCUGGUGAUUGUGAUGCCCAUGUACUUGACCCAGCGUCUGGAGGACAUGGAGAAAGCCCUCAGCCCCACGGUCUUCAAGGCCAUCAUGACAAAACUGCAGAUGCUCAAGUUCCAGCCCAUUUUUGUGUCGCUGCCCCGUCUCAAAGUGAAGAGUGACCACAACAUGCUGCCAAUCAUGGAGAAGCUAGAUUUCUUUGACUUCGCCUACGAUCUCGACCUGUGCGGGCUGACGGAGGACCCGGAUCUCCAGGUGUCGGCCAUGCAGCACCAGGCGGUGCUGGAGCUGACCGAGUCGGGCGUGGAGGCCGCUGCUGCCGCCACCACCAACGUGGCCCGCAACCUGAUGUUCUUCGAGGUGCAGCAGCCCUUCCUCUUCCUGCUCUGGGACCAGCAACACAAGUUCCCCGUCUUUAUGGGGCGGGUGUAUGACCCCAGGGCCUGAGGCUGCAGGUGUAGGACCAGCUCCUCCCACACACACACACACCUGAAGUCCCCCACUUGUAGCCCUGGACGGGCUCCCAGCUCCCUCCUGCCCUCCGGUCUGGGGGAGAGGCCUGCUUCUCUCUCGGCUUUCCUCUGACUCUCCUCCCAACCACCUUUCACAACUUCACCUGACACCACAAAUAAAAUUCCAGCAGACCAA